AUGGCUUCACCUGGACCACAGACACCAUCAGAGAACAGAGACUCGGAAAAUCGGCCUGUAAGCCCGGAAAAGGGCAUAGACAAGGGCAACGGAAGUGGCAAAGAUGAGGGACCCAAUAAUGAACGCCCGCCACUUCCACCACGUCCACUGAAGCCAUCUCAUGGACCGCCGGCUGCACAGUUGGAUGCGGGCCUAAACCCUUACUCGGCAGCACACAGGCUCCAGUCAGGGCCAACGACGGCUCUCUCGUUGGCAAAUGUCAAUGUCCAGGCGGUGGAUGAUGUUAAUAGGGAGAAUUAUGUAUCACUUGCAGGAGGCCUUGAUAAGACGAGGCCCGCCACCUCCGGUACCCAUGGACGUGGGAGCAGAGUAGGCAUAGAAACAGGAGAUACCGCCAGCAUACAAAGUUUUAUCCCAGGAAGUGAAACCCCAAUCGAUGCGGGAAGCUUGUUUGGGGAUUUCCCAGGUUUUGGCACUGAAAUUCCAUUCAGACAGGCUUCAACCAAGAUCGACGAGAAUUACUCCAUCUUCAAUGCACAGGCUCAAGAAGAUGAUGCUACCGUUGAAUUCGAGGAAGAGUUUGAUUCUAUUGGUAAUUCAAGUGAGGGCGAGAACGAAGAGGAGAAACUUGAAAAAUGGAGAAGGAAAAGGAAACAUUUUUUCAUUUUAUCAUCGGCUGGAAAGCCUAUAUAUACUCGCCAUGGCGACAGUGGACUGAUAUCCCCGUAUAUUGGUGUUAUUCAAACUAUCAUAUCGUUCUACCAAGAAUCUGGCGGUCCCUUGAAGAGCUUUUCAGCUGGGAAGACUAAGAUUGUGAUUCUUUCCCAAGGUCCGUUGUACCUUGUGGCCAUUAGUUCGCUCCGUGAAAGCCAGGCCCAUCUUGAGGCUCAGCUCGAAGCACUAUAUAUGCAAAUACUCUCAACUCUGACUCUACCCGCACUUGAUCAUAUUUUUGCCGUAAGGCCAAGCUCAGACUUGCGACGACCUCUCCAGGGAACUGAAUCUCUUUUGUCCUCGCUAGCCGAUAGCUUCACUAAAGGCUCCCCGUCAACCCUCUUAGGUGCGCUGGAGUCGCUGAAAAUUCGAAAAUCCCAUCGCCAAAUUAUCAGCAAUACGUUCCUCAAGGCUAGAGUUGAGCCACUUCUUUAUGGCUUGUUGGUUGCAGGUGGGAGGCUUGUGAGCGUUGUCAGACCAAAGAAACACUCGCUUCACCCCGGCGAUCUACAACUGAUCUUCAAUAUGAUAUUUGAAGCAGACGGAAUCAAGGCCGGUGGUGGAGAAAGCUGGAUUCCGAUAUGUUUACCAGGGUUCAACAACAGAGGCUACCUUUACAUGUACGUGAGCUUUCUCGACCUCUAUAAGGGUAAGGCAACGGAUCAAACUAUGGAAGAGAUGAACAAGGAUGAUGUUGUGGCUAUCAUCUUAAUUAGUCCCAACAAGGAGAGCUUUUAUGCUUUGCAUGAGAUGCGAGAUUCUCUUGUAGAGCAAAUGGAAAAUAAUGGAAGCAUGGAUGUCCUCAAAGUUGCUCUCAAACAGGGCCGGCCAGCUCCUACCGAUAUCGUUCCCGGGACAGUUGUUAGGCACUUUCUCUAUAAAUCGAAAGCUAACGUUCAAUUUACCAUGUCAUCAUACUCUCCAGAUUUCGUAUCAAUAUUGGAUCGGCGACGGCUUAUAUCCGCGUACCAUUCGCUACAUCUCAGUGUCCACGCUAAGCCUGCAAAUGUCAAAGUACAAUACUGUGUUUCGUCCUCCGCAAACUCGCUUGCUUGGGUUACGCCAACAUUUGAACUGUACUGUGUUGCAUCACCCAAUUCCAAUCGAAAUGCAUUAUCCCAGGCCGCAAAUAAAAUUGCCCUCUGGGCCCAGAGGGAACAGGAACGCCUUUUUGUAAUUGGCGGUGCAGUAUUCUAA